GGCAGCUGCGGGCAGUCUAAAGCUGUUCUGGUGAGCCCCCAGCCCGGGUGUUGAGAGGGAGGGGCCACGACCGGGGCAGGGAAGUGGGCUAGGAGCGGAGGCGGCUAGUUGCAGGCCGGGGACCGGGAAUGGAGGCAACGCCGGGGUCAAGGUCCGGGUCCAGAGAGGAGGUCGGGGGCCCGAGAUGUUUAGCCCGGCAGGCCUCGGUGCAACAUUGCAGGGCGACGGCGGCGGCAUGUGCGAGGGCCUGUCCCGCAUCUCGGGGCCCAUCCCCCCAGACCCUACGCUUUGUCCUGACUACUACCGACGGCCGGCCUCGGCCCAAGGGCGCCUUGAGGGAAACACGCCGAAGCUGGACCUGCUGACCUCGGACGCGGACCUGGACGUCACCCCGCCCCGCGGCCCCCGCAUCCGUCCUGGAGCUGUAGAGAUUCUGGAGCGUGGUCGGCGCGGCGUGGGGGCCAUGCUGCUGCAACUUGGGGGUAUCUCCCUAGGCCCAGAGGCCUCUCCCAAGAGGAAGGAACCUAAAGACCAUGAGAAGGAGAAUCUGAGACGUAUCAAGGAAAUCCAGAAGCGCUUCCGCGAGCAGGAGCGCAGCCGGGAACAGGGCCAGUCCAGGCCCCUGAAGGCUCUGUGGCGCUCGCCCAAGUAUGACAAAGUGGAAUCCCGGGUCAAGGCCCAGCUGCAGGAGCCCAGCCCUGCCUCUGGAACAGAGCCUGCCCACUUCCUGCGGGCGCACUCCCGCUGCGGCCCUGGGCUCCCACCACCCCGUGUCCCCAGUCCCCAGCUAACCCCACUAGGUCCCAAUGCCAAGGGGCAAGGCCUGGGUGUGGACUUCAUUAGCCACAAUGCCCGCACUGCCAAGAGGGCCCCCCGGCGGCAUUCCCGCUCGCUGCAAGUCCUGACACAGGUGCUGGAGCAGCAACAGCAAGCCCAGGAGCACUACAAUGCCACACAGAAGGGCCACGUGCCCCACUACUUGUUGGAGCGCCGGGAUCUGUGGCGGCAGGAGGCUGAGGCCCGCAAACAUAGCCAGCCAGACCCUACCAUGCCCCCUGGCCACACUCGCAUGCCUGAGAACCAGCGGCUGGAAACACUGAGCAAUCUGCUGCAGAGCCAGAGCCAGCUGCUGCGUGAGCUGGUACUGCUGCCCGCUGGAGCAGACUCACUGAGGGCGCAGGGCCACCGUGCUGAGCUGGACCGGAAGCUGGUGCAGGUGGAGGAGGCCAUCAAGAUCUUUUCCCGCCCCAAGGUCUUCGUGAAGAUGGAUGCUUGAGCCCUUUUAUAGGGGUAGUGACAGGGGUUCUUGCUGAGGAUCGCUGCAUGGUUGCAAAGGACAGGAUCAGGUCCCAUUAUAGAGUCUGAAGACAGGAGCAGUAGAGGGCUGUAUGUAUCCCCAGAGCAUUCUUCCUAGCCACUGGUAGCUGCGGAAGGGCUAUCCCAGCCUCUUAACUCUUUUGUCAAAAUUAAACCUUUUGUACACAGUGGGGUUUGUUUCCAUAAGA